GGCUUGCAGGGGCCUCUGUUCCUGUUGGCUAGAAAGACAGGACCUGAAUCACAAACAAUCACAAAGGCUUUCAAGCACUAAGGGGCCCCACUGGAGUAACUGAAGAGCUUUGGUAGUAGCAGCAUCAGAAGAGGUCAAGAGCAGGGAGGAAGAGAGUAGUCACAAAACCCUCCCUCUCUCCCAACAGUACAACACCUGCCUGCCCAGUCAACGGAAGGACAAACAUGGAGGAAAAUGACAGUUCCGAAGAAGACUGCCUAACCUCCUAUGACAUUCAGCUUAGUAUUCAAGAUGCCACUGAAGCCAGCAAGCCAGCAACUGCACUUUAUCCUGGAAGGUUUGUGCCUACCAGUGACCAAAACAGAAAGCUAGUAGAAGCCAUUAAACAAGGGCAAAUCCUUGAACUACAAGACUGUACACAAUAUAAAUAUGCUCUGGAUGAAGCUGAUGACAGAGGAUGGUUCCCGUUGCAUGAAGCAGCGGUACAGCCCAUUCAGCAGAUCCUUGAAAUAGUUCUGGACGCCUCCUACAAAUCCCUCUGGGAAUUCAAGACCUGCGAUGGAGAAACACCGCUCACUUUGGCAAUCAACUCUGGUCUGGUGGGAAACGUAAUGACCUUGUUGGAAAAGGGAGUUUGGCCCAACACCAAAAACGGCAAAGGAGAAACCCCUCUACUGAUUGCUGUCCAAAGGGGUUCUUAUGACAUGGUAUCCACUCUGAUUAAGCAUAACAGCAGCCUCCACCAGCCAUGCGUCAAGCGAUGGUCUGCGAUGCAUGAAGCGGCCAAGCAAGGCCGCAGAGACAUAGUUGCUCUGCUUCUGAAAAAUGGGGGCGACGUCCACUUGCGGGAUGGAUAUGGGGUCACACCUCUGGGAGUUGCUGCAGAGUUUGGUCACAGUGACGUGCUAGAACAUCUCAUCCAUAAAGGUGGUGAUGUUUUUGCUUUGGCAGAUGAUGGGGCUUCAGUAUUGUUUGAGGCAGCAGGAGGUGGCAAUCCGGAUUGUAUUUCUCUCCUGUUGGAAUACGGAGGGAGUGGCAAUGUCCCCAACAAGGCUGGCCAUCUCCCUAUCCAUCGAGCCGCCUACGAGGGACAUUACCUGGCCUUGAAAUACCUCAUUCCUGUCACAUCCCAAAACGCAAUCCACAAAAGCGGAUUGAGUCCAGUUCAUUCGGCAGCAGAAGGUCAGAAUGUGCAGUGCCUGGAACUGCUCAUUGAAAAUGGUUUUGAUGUCGAUUCCCUCCUGGCUGACCACGUUGCGGAGAACUACGAUGACGGGAGGAAGACUGCCCUGUUUUUUGCUGUAUCCAACAAUGACAUCCUCUGCACUGAGACCCUCCUGAAAGCUGGGGCAGACCCAAACCAAGACCCCCUCAACUGCCUCCUGGUGGCCGUGAGAGCCGGAAACUAUGAAAUCGUCCGUCUGCUGCUGUCUCACGGAGCCAAUGUCAAUUGUUAUUUCAUGCUCGUGAAUGACACCCGCUUCCCAAGUGCCAUUCAGUACGCAUUGACUGAUGAGGUGAUGCUAAGACUCCUGUUAAAUAAUGGCUAUCAGGUGGAGAUGUGCUUUGACUGCAUGCAUGGGGACAUCUUUGGAAAUUCGUUUGCCUGGUCUUCAAUAGAAGAGGAGAUCCUUCCAGGAUGGACAUCUAGCAUAAUAAAAGAUAAUCCGUUCUGCGAGUUUAUUACGGUCCCCUGGAUGAAGCAUCUUGUGGGACACGUCAUUCGAAUUUUGAUAGAUUACACAGAUUAUGUCCCAUUGUGUAGUAAACUGAAGACAGCCCUGGAGGUUCAGAAAGAAUGGCCAGAUAUCCGACAAAUUCUAGAGAACCCCUAUUCAUUAAAACACUUGUGUCGGCUGAAAAUACGGAGACUUGUGGGAGUAAAGAGGCUGUGGAGACCAGAAUCAAUCGAGAUGCUUCCUGUACCACCCCUCAUCAAAGCCUAUAUCUUAUUUAAGGAAUAUGACCUUUAUGGACAAGGGCUGAAGCUGUCAUAAUUUGAAAAGAGGUUUUUUGGAUGUAUUUUUUUCCUUAAUUAUGGCUCUUUUCCUCAGUGUACUUCUUUAGAAUUUUUUAAUGAGGCUUGAGAGUGUAAUAUACAGGUCUUUAGGUGGAUUAGAAAAAGAAAAAUCUUUUUCUAAUUCUGUAAAUGGCUUUUGUUAUGGGAAUAUUGUUUUCAACUCUAUUAUAUCUAAAUGGUAUUUCAUGUUUGUUGUCUACCAACUCUAAUAUUAUACUCUCCCUAACACUUAGUACAAUGCUCUAUACAAAGUAAGUGCUCAAUAAAUGCCAUUGAUUGCUUGAUUUAAAAGCAAUGGGACUUGAAUCUGGUCAGGGGUGCAAAUCAGAUCCUGCCACAUGACUUAUCGUAAGCAUGGUUCUAAAGAAGCAAACAUCAGCAAAGUGAGGGGCUAAAUACAUUUUGGUAACCUUGCCUUUUUCAGCCUCAGUCUUUCAUUCAUUCUAAGGAGGAUGAGCUGAGAAAAAUAUUAUCUGUGCUCGGUUAUCUGUGCUGCAGACGAUUAUAAAAAGGGAUUCCUGGUACCAACAGAAGUGGAAAAAAAAUUACUUGAC